AUGAAUCUGAACUUCGAAUACAUUGCUGCUCAUAUCAGUGAUUACAUUCAAAAUGAAAACUUUUUUGAUACAUUCGAUAUCAGAGAUAUCAAAACAAUCAUGAAAUAUUCACGUUUGACGGCUGAUCAGUACGUUACUCUUCUGAAACAGUCUUCAUCAACUCUCAAUUCCAAAGAAUUAUAUAUCAGCACACGAAAAGCAAAUGUUACUAUCCAAAAUUUCGAAGAAAUCGUUUCAAUACUUAAAUUCGUCAAAAAAUACAUGAAAUUCCAUAUAUUUGAUGGAAUCGUUGAUUUUAUCAAAGAAAGCGAUAAGCAUUUGCGUGAUUCUACAGAUGAAAUCAAAAAACUUCAAGCAAAAUUAAAUACAUUACAAAAACAAAAACAAAAUGCGGCCAAAGAAACUACAGUCACUCGAAUUAAUGAAUCUCACAACUAUCCUAAAGAAUUUUUAACUAAAAUUUCAUCACUUAAGGAAACCAGAGAUUUUGAUAGUAUUUACAAAUUCUUUGAAGAACUUUCUUCUAAAGGCAAUAGAGAAAUGAUUUCAAAGGCUUGCGAAGAAGGACUUUGGAAGAAGACAGCAAAAGCUUGUGAAGAAGAACAUAGGUUAAAAAAGACAUCAAAACCUUGGGAAGAAGAACUUUGUUUAGGAGAUCUUAUGUUAGAAGAGAGUAAGGAUGAUAAGAAUGUACUUCAUAUUGCAAGCGAAAAAGGAAAUCUUAAUCUUGUCAAAUCACUUAUCGAAUAUGGCUGUGAUAAAGAAACAAAGGAUGAUGAUGGAAAUACUCCACUCAUUUUAGCAUCAGAAAAUGGUCAUCUUGAAGUUGUUAAAUAUCUUAUCUCUGUUGGAGCUGAUAAAGAAGCGAAGGAUAAAUAUGGAGAUAAUCCACUAAUUUCUGCAUCAUCAAAAGGUCAUCUUGAAGUUGUUAAAUAUCUUAUCUCUGUUGGAUUUGAUAAAGAAGCAAAGAAUAAAUAUGGAGAUAAUCCACUCAUUUCUGCAUCAUCAAAAGGUCAUCUUGAAGUUGUUAAAUAUCUUAUCUCUGUUGGAGCUGAUAAAGAAGCGAAGGAUAAUGAUGGAAAAACUCCACUCAUUUUAGCAUCAGAAAAUGGUCAUCUUGAAGUUGUUAAAUAUCUUAUCUCUGUUGGAUUUGAUAAAGAAGCAAAGAAUAAAUAUGGAGAUAAUCCACUCAUUUCUGCAUCAGAAAAUGGUCAUCUUGAAGUUGUUAAAUAUCUUAUCUCUGUUGGAGCUGAUAAAGAAGCGAAGGAUAAAUAUGGAUGGACUCCACUCAUUUCUGCAUCAUCAAAAGGUCAUCUUGAAAUUGUUAAAUAUCUUAUCUCUGUUGGAGCUGAUAAAGAAGCAAAGAAUAAAUAUGGAGAUAAUCCACUCAUUUCUGCAUCAUCAAAUGGUCAUCUUGAAGUUGUUAAAUAUCUUAUCUCUGUUGGAGCUGAUAAAGAAGCAAAGAAUAAAUAUGGAGAUAAUCCACUCAUUUCUGCAUCAGAAAAUGGUCAUCUUGAAGUUGUUAAAUAUCUUAUCUCUGUUGGAGCUGAUAAAGAAGCGAAGAAUAAUGAUGGAAAAACUCCACUCAUUUCUGCAUCAUCAAAAGGUCAUCUUGAAGUUGUUAAAUAUCUUAUCUCUGUUGGAGCUGAUAAAGAAGCGAAGAAUAAUGAUGGAAAAACUCCACUCAUUUUUGCAUCAUCAAAAGGUCAUCUUGAAGUUGUUAAAUAUCUUAUCUCUGUUGGAUUUGAUAAAGAAGCAAAGAAUAAAUAUGGAGAUAAUCCACUCAUUUUAGCAUCAGAAAAUGGUCAUCUUGAAGUUGUUAAAUAUCUUAUCUCUGUUGGAGCUGAUAAAGAAGCGAAGAAUAAUGAUGGAUAUACUCCGCUCAUUUUUGCAUCAUCAAAAGGUCAUCUUGAAGUUGUUAAAUAUCUUAUCUCUGUUGGAGCUGAUAAAGAAGCAAAGAAUAAUGAUGGAAAAACUCCACUCAUUUUUGCAUCAUCAAAUGGUCAUCUUGAAGUUGUUAAAUAUCUUAUCUCUGUUGGAGCUGAUAAAGAAGCAAAGAAUAAAUAUGGAGAUAAUCCACUCAUUUCUGCAUCAGAAAAUGGUCAUCUUGAAGUUGUUAAAUAUCUUAUCUCUGUUGGAGCUGAUAAAGAAGCGAAGAAUAAUGAUGGAAAAACUCCACUCAUUUCUGCAUCAUCAAAAGGUCAUCUUGAAAUUGUUAAAUAUCUUAUCUCUGUUGGAGCUAAGAAAAACGCAAUGGAUAAAUUCGGGUGUACUGUACUCUCAGCUGCAAAAGAUAAUGUAAGAGUUUAUCUAAUAUCUCUUUGA